AUGCGGCUCCACCUCCUCCCUCUCACGCUCCUCGCCGCUCUCACCCCCUCCAUCCUCGCCGCGCCCAAGAUCACAUCGCCCGCACCCGGCGCAUCAAUAUCCGCAGGCUCGAUAACGGUGGAAUGGACAGAUGAUGGCGAUGACCCUAGUCUGUCGCAGUUCCAGAGCUACACCCUUACGCUGUGGGUUGGGGGCAACAGUCCGAGUAAUUCGGCGGGACUGGUAGCAAUCGGGCCUCAAGGGAAUAAGCUUCCUUCGAGCGGUCAGGUCACAGGAACGAUCGAUCCCACAAUCACUGCGAGUCUGGCAAAUGGCUUCUACAUUCAAAUGAUCGCCACGGCCAAAACCGGUACUGUAACAGCCAACUCUGGCCGCUUCUCGCUCACUGGCAUGACUGGAUCGCCCCAGAGCGCUGCCAUUAGGAAGGCCGUCAGCGCUCUCGGGAGCAGCAAUGCCAGCCCUCCAGACGUCAACGGCGUCGCCGGAGCCGCACCAGUGGCCUCCGUCCCCGCAGCAGUACCAGCACCUGCCGACGGAGCCUUUGACGUCGCGUACACCAUGCAAACUGGUCUGACGAGAUACGCGCCCAUGCAGGGUGUCCCGCCCACGAAGAUCACGGUCAAGGACUUCAAGCCGUUGUUCCCAACUAGCGCGUAUACUGUGGCGACGACGUGGCUGGCGCGACCGACGAUUGUGACGACAGUGACGGAGAGCCAGACGUUUACUAGGAAGCAAAGUGUGAAUCAGGCCAAGGCGCAAGAACAGCCGACUCCAAAUAAUGACAUGCAGAAGUUCUUGAAGCGGUGGAAAGACUGA